AUGUUCAGCCAGCAGCAGUUGCAGCAGCAGCAGCUGCAGCAGUUGCAGCAGCAGCAGUUGCAGCAGCAGCAGCAGCUGUUGCAGCUCCAGCAGCUGUUCCAGCAGCCCCCACCGCAGGCCCCGCUCCCUGUGACCCUCAGUCGAGGGCUCCCCCAGCAAGUGUCUCAGCAGCAGCUCCUGACUCUCCCGACCUCAGCCUCCCUCCUCAACAGCUCUGUGAUGCAGAGAGCUUUGUUUCUGCAACAGUUACAAGGACUGGACCAGUUUGCAAUGCCGCCAGCCAUGUACGACAGCGCCAGCCUCACCGUGCCCACGGCAACAUUGGGUAAUGUCCGCAGCUACAGCCUGGGAACCCCGAGCAUGCCGCCCCCCAGCCUCACGCCACCCCAGCUGGCUACCCCAAACCUACAGCAGUUCUUCCCCCAGGCCACCCGGCAGUCCCUGCUGGGGCCCCCUCCUGUGGGGGUGCCCAUCGCCCCUUCACAGGUCCAGCUUCCUAGCAGGAGCCAUCAGAAGCAAGCACGACCCCCCAAUUCCACCACAAACCCCGCUCGGAAGGAUUCUUCUUCCCAGACGAUGCCCGUGGAAGGACCCCUCGGGUCUGAGGAAGGCGGGGAGUCCUCACCAGAGGCACCAGACCAAGACUCCCCGCCUUGCCCAGACGCCAUCGCCCGUGAGAAAGACCUGCCCGCCGCUGAGCCCGAAUCACUGGAGGGGGAACCCGUCGAGCCCCCAGCCAAGAGGGCCAAGAGCUCCAAGGAGCCCACGGAGAAGGGGCCCCCAGGGCAGCUGAGGGCAAAGGUGCAGCCCCAGGCCCGGAUGGCGGUGCCGAAGCAAACACAGACGCCCGAGCUGCUCCCCGAGCCGCCGGAAGCCCGAGUGCUGCCUCGCUUCCAGCCCCGGGCCCUGCAGAUCCACGCGCAGGUGCUGCCCUCAGAGGCCCGGCAGGCGCACACGCAGACCUCUCCAGAGCGCGCCCUGGUACCACAGCAGGCGCGGCGGCGGCAGGAGGAGGCGGAGCCAGAGGCGCACCCUCAACCCCCUGGGCAGAUGCAGGCGCUGGCACCGACGCUGGCGCAGACCCAGCCGUGUCCUCAGGGCCAGAGUAGCGCGCCGCCCGCAGAGCAGCCGCGGGAGCAGACCCAGGUGCCAGCAGCAGAGGGCGCUCCAGCGCCGGGUCCCUACGCGGUGCCCAACCGGCCACCCCGGCCCGAAGGAGCAGCAGAAGGCCCAGAGGAGCCAGCAGGUCCCCAGCUCAGCACAGAGGAGACCCCGCAGGAGCUGCCCGGAGAGAGAGAAGGCGAGAGGAGAUCCAGAGAGAUGCUAGGGAUGUGGGGUGCCGGGGGCUCCCUGAAGGUCACCAUCCAGCAGAGCAGCAAUAGCCGGGCUUUCAGCACCACACCUGUCACUCCGGUGCUGCGUCCGGGUGACUCAACUUCUACCAGCCCCACCACGGCCGGCCAGUCCCCGACACAGGCCCUGCACUUCUUCUGCUGCAUCUGCAAAGCCAACUGUGGCAGCCAGCAGGAGUUCCAGGAGCACAUGGCGGGGGCCGAGCACCAGCAGCGGCUCGGGGAGGUCCGGCACAGGAGCCAGGCCUGCCUCCUGUCCCUCCUGCCGGUGCCCCGGGACGUCUUGGAGAGAGAGCAGGAAGGGCCCCUGCCCCAGCGCUGGUGCCACACCUGCCAGCUGUACUACACGGGGGACCUGAUCCAGCACCGCCGGACCCCGGAGCACAAGAUUGCAAAACAGUCCCUGAGACCUUUCUGCACGGCUUGCAACCGCUACUUUAAGACCCCCCGCAAGUUUGUGGAACACGUGAAGUCCCAGGGACACAAGGACAAGGCCAAGGAGCUGAAUACGCUCCAGGAGACAGCUGGCCAGGACGAGGAGCACUUCAUCACCGUGGACGCCGUGGGCUGCUUUGAGGGUGAUGAAGAGGAGGAGGAGGAGGAGGAGGAAGAGGAGGAAGAAGACAUAGAGGUGGAGGAGGAACUCUGCAAGCAGAUGAAGACCCACGACAUGCCCACGCCGGAACCAAAAGAGUCAGAGACCUACAGCCCCGACAAGGCCUAUGGGGUGAAUUUCUUGGUGCCCACCACGGGCCACGUGUGUCGCGUCUGCCAUAAAUUCUAUCCGGGGAACGAGGGGGCGCAGCUCAGUCACUGCAAGUCCUUGGCCCACUUUGAGAAUCUGCAGAAAUACAGGAAGGCCAAGAAGCCCAAGCCGGCCUCUGCCAGGCCUGUGAGCCGCCGCUGUGCCAUCAAUGCUCGGAACGCUCUGACCGCCCUCUUCACCGCCGGUGGCCGCUCCCCGACCCAGCCCAGCAGCCAGGACCAGGCCAAAGCCCACAGCAAGAUGACAGCGCCACCAUGCCAGCCCCUCGUACCCAGGCGCUCCAACCGCCUCAAAACCUGAGCGGGCCCCGUGUCG